GUCAAUUUGUGAACUGUGUCUUUUUGUGUAUUCCUAAAUCACUAAAUCCUAAUUUCGUACGUAUCAUCGUAAUCAAUUCCCAGUUAUCCCACUUUCGCUUCUAAACCCCAAAAAUGAGCUUUGAAACAUCAACAAACAACGGUAAUAAUAGACCCGAGCGGAGAUACUACGAUCGAUCUAAAUGUGAUGAUCUUCAUAUAUCGAGAACGGAUAUGAAUAUGUUGAUAAUGAAUUAUUUAGUAACAGAAGGUUUCAAAGAGGCAGCUUUGAAAUUUCAACAAGAGGCAGGUCUACAAGAACCAGCUCUAUGUAGCUCACUAGAUGAACGUAUCAUGAUCAGAGAGGCAGUGCAAAAUGGACGAAUCCCUGAGGCCGUUUCAAUGGUUAAUGCCCUACAUCCUGAGUUGUUAGAUAACGACCGAUAUUUAUAUUUUCAUUUACAGCAAUUACAGUUACUGGAAUUAAUUCGAGGUGGGCGAGCAGAGGAAGCACUUGCCUUUGCAAGUGCUACAUUAGCAGAAGCUGGUGCAAAUGACCGUAAUGCUCUCACUGAGCUAGAGAGAUCUCUCGCACUCUUAGCUUUUCCAGACCCUCACACAUCACCAUUUGCUGACCUGUUGCUACCUUCACAUAGUCAAAAGAUUGCAAGUGAACUUAAUGCAGCAAUACUUAAGAUGGAGAACCAAGAAUACACCAACCCAAAGUUGUGCAGCCUUUUACGAAUGAUACUCUGGUCGCAGAGUGAACUUGACAAACAUGGUGUUAAGUACCCAAAAAUGACAGACCUUGCGAAUGCUACUAUAGAACAGCCAAAAUGAAAUAAGUUUCCUAAGAAGAGUAAUAUGUUUAGGUGUGAUUAAAAAACUUUCAGAUUCAAACAAAUGAAAAAAUAAAUAUAUUUUGGAAUAUACAUUUUUCUGUCUGACACAACUAGAUUGUCAACAUAAUAAAAUAAAUUAUAUUAGUUGGCAAUAAUUGAAUUAAAAACUUAACUGAAAGUAAUUGUAAAUAAUCAUCUUUUGAC